CAGCAGCAGCAGCAGCAGCAGCAGGGCUCUCCACUCCUAGACCUGGGCAUUGGCUCCUGUUGUGGUUCCUGCUGCUGCUUCCAAGUCCAGGCUCCCCGAACAUCCUGGAAAUGGGGAUGUCUAGCCUCUUUCUGGCCUUCACCUUCCUGCUCCUGGCCACCACAAGGCUGCCUGUGAAGGCCUGCAGCUGUGGCCCUCGGCAUCCUCAAGAGGACUUCUGCAGGUCGGAUAUGGUUGUCACAGCCAAAUUCCUGUCGGUCCCCCAGCUCAACCACACCCUCUCUCGUCUGCAGUAUAGGAUCAAGGUUGUCAAGAAAUUCAAAGGCAUUGCCCCCAUCCCCAAAUUCCUUACUACCCCAGCCCAGGAGAGCCUCUGUGGAUACCGACACAAGGCCCUGUUAAAGAGCCAGGAGUAUCUGGUUGCAGGACGCCUACUGGAGGGCCAGCUAUACGUCACCAGCUGCAGCUUCGUGAGGCCCUGGAGUAGCCUGAGCCCAGCCCAGCAACUGGGCUUCAACCAGACCUAUGCCACUGGCUGCAGUUGCCAAGUGCAGCCCUGCCUGAGUGUCCCAUGCAAUGUGGAGAAUGACACCAACUGCCUGUGGACAGAUUCACUGAUGUCCACCUUAGCUGAGGGCUCCCAGAGCCUCCACCUGGCCUGCCUACCACAGAAGAGUGGCUUGUGCUCCUGGAGAUCCCUGAACACUGAGGCACCUCAGCCAACAACCUAAGCUGGCCCAGAGCCGUCUUCUCUCCAUUUUUGCCUCCUUCUAAGAAAUCAUGGCCAGUAAAAUACAUAGA